CUCCUUUCUUCACACAACUCGCUCGCUCUCCUCGCAGCAACCAAGCUCACCACCAAGAUCUCUGCUCAGCAUUUUGCUCGAAAGCCACCUACACACACAUACCAAUAUACCAUGGCGCCAUCACUGGCCUGCUCCUUCUUCUUCGACGACGAGCUGCUCGGCGAGCCCGGCAUGCCGGCGAUGGACGCGUGCGCGCUCUGCGCCAAGCCGCUGGCGCGCGACAGCGACGUCUUCAUGUACAGAGGGGACACGCCCUACUGCAGCGAGGAGUGCCGCCACGAGCAGAUGCACCUCGACGCCGUCUGCGCCAAGCAGGCCGCGCGGAGGCAGCAGCGGUUCUCGGCGGAGACGGAGUCCCACCGUGGGCAGCGGCAGUCCAGGAAGGUGUCGGUCGCAAGCUAACCGGCUGGCCGCUGAAAGUUUUGUUUGGAUCAAGAAGAUCUGAAUUCUGAAGAAUACAACAUAUGUAGUAUUCUGAAGAACCAUCCAUAUCUCUUUCUCUUGGGAGGCGUCUGAUGUCUCCGCCUCUCCGGCCGGUGCUCUAGCAUGGACCGGUCGAGGUAGCAGAUGCACCUCUGGCGCCGCAUCAGGUCGUAGGUGACCGUAGCUUCCCAUAUGUGUCCAUGGCAUGCUAAUUAAGCUACCCGGAUGGGAGGAAAUCUGUACUUGUUCUCGGUCUGUCUAUGCUGUGCCGAUGAAUUUGAUUUGAUUCGAAACGAAAUGGCCAAGGAUCUCAAGAAAGCAAUCAAACAUGAUGCAGGUUUUGUUUUAACUUCUA